AAUUACGAUCAAAAUAAAUCUGCGCAGCUAGCUCGGGGAAUCAUGGCGGCGAAGAUGUCGCAAAAUUUCUUCCAGCAACAAAAUAAAUAUGGUGCUGGUCCAUCAAAUGGACCAGCACCUAUUGAUGUCAGCCCGGAACUUCAUCUUAAAAUGUCAAAGAAGAUAGCACAGCUUACAAAGGUUAUCUAUGCAUUGAAUACUAAAAAUGAUGAGCAUGAGGCCAUGGUCCAGAGUUUGAAAGAAAGUCAUGAGGAAGAACUACAGCAACUGAUGGGAGAGACCAAACAGAAGAUUACAGUAUACCAAAAUAAACUUGGAAAAGAACUUGAGCUCCAACAGAGGGUCAACAAACUGGAAGCGGAAGCUUCCGAUUUUGAGCGACAAAAGCGGGAAACGCAAGCGGAGUUCAGCGAAUUUAAGAGAACCAGUGAGGUCAGAGAAGGAAAUAUACGAGCAGAACAUUCACAAAAGUUACUGAGUCUGUCUCAGGAUUUGUUGUCUGUGAAGAGGGAUUUUGAAGAUAGGUUAAGACAAUUCGGGGAUGUGAAAGAAAAACUGAACCAGGAAAAAGUUGCUGCUCUGGAACAGCUUCAGGCAAAACAUAGGGAAGAAAUAGAAGCAAUCCACAAAGCUCAUCAGGCGCAGCAAUCUGGUGCUUCAAGUGAAGUUGCGGAACUCGUCAAACGGCAUGAAGCUGAAGUGACAAGAUUAAAACAGGACUGUGAAAGCCUGUCGUCGGAUAAAGCUCACCUAAUUGAGGACUAUGAAUCAAAGCUAGAAAAACUCAAAGCAUUUCAUGAGCGAGAGAUAGCAGCUCUCCAGGAUGGGGAGUCUCGUAAGCAAGAGCAGGAGUGGAAGGAGAAGGAGGAGGCAUUGAAGAGAACAUUUGCUCAGAAGGAGCACAAUCUGAACACUAAGAUACAGGAGCUUACUGCAGAGCUGGCUGUGUCAGAUGAAGAUCUAUCAAAGUAUAAAGAUUUAUUAAAGAAGGCAGAGGCUGCUCUGGAUAGUCGAGAAGGAGAUGCUAAUAGUCUUACCCAACAGCUUCGUGAUUCAAGGAAAGAAGCAAACAGUGCAAUGACAAGAUUAAAAGAGGUUGAAGGAGAAUUAGCAGCGUCAAGGGAAAGAUGCCAAGAACAAGCUGCAGAUAUGGUUAAAAAAUCAAAUCUUAUAGGCACACUUGAAGCUACACAACUCAGCAAUGCAGCCACAAUUAAAGAUAUGGAGUCUGAUCUAUCAAGGUUACAGGACAAGGUGCAAUGGUUAGAGAAGGAAAGAGCUUCCUUAGAAUCUAGUAAACAAUCACUUAAUCAACAACAAUCUAGUCAGCUCAAAUCUCUGGAAAAGGCUCUUGAGGACCUAUCCAUUGAGAAACAGGUACUGAAGGAGCGAUAUGAAAGUGCACUAGAGGGUGCCCAGACCAAGGGCCAAGAAGACCUGGCUAAUCUUCAGAAGGACCAUGAUAGUAAGAUGAACCAGGUCCUGAAGGCACACAAGGCUGAGCUGGAGAAACAACAGAAAGAGGCUGCUGCAGAGUUAGCUCGCUUAAAACAGGAGCUUGAGAGAGAGCUGGAAUCCACACAGGAGCGCCUCAGCAAGGAGCGAGACUCCCUCCAGACCCAGCUCAAUCACCUGGAGGCGGAGCUUACCAACAAGCUCAAGCACGCAGAGGGAGAAGUGCGUCGGUUGGAGGGGAUCCUCAAUGACAAUGAGAAGGGGCUGGGCUCCGCUAACAGCAGGAUCAGCUCCCUCCAACAGACCAAUGCUCGUCUCCUGGAGAACCUAGAGAAAGCACAGAAGGAAGGGAGGGAGACAGAGAGCCAAGCUUCAGCAUUCAAGACGGAGCUUGAGAAGCUGAAGCACACUCAUGCCACCAAGAUGGCUGAAUCUAGGGAAGAACUGAAGAACAAACUUGAUAAGCUGUCUCAUGAUCUUGAUACAAGGUGGACAGAAACCCUCAGGAAAGAGUGUGAGAAACUUCGUAGUGAGCUGACAGAGCAGCAUGAUGAAGAUAAACAAGCUGCUCUCAAACAGCUGACUAGUCUCAAGAACCAGGAGUUGGAUGCAAGUAAACAAGGCUGGCAGAAAAAGAUCACUGAUCUCUUGCAAGAGAUCUCCAGUCUAAAGGAGCGCUUGACCAACAAGUCAGAGCGGUCACUUGAGGAGAUGGCUGCACUGCAGAGGAAAGCUGACCAGGAGAUCAAUCGUCUCAAGUUUGAGAUGACCACCGCUAAGGAGAGCCAUGCUAAGAUUCUGAGUGACCUCCAGACUGCUCAGGACAAAGAGAGGUCAAGGAUGCUAGAGGAACACAAGAAGGCACUAGAGGAGUUGGAGGAGAACCUAAAGAAUGCGCAGAAGUCAGCAGUGGACUCAGAGCAGAAAGCUCGUCUGGAUGAGAUUCAGAGACUCAAGGCUGAGAUGGACCAAACCCGACUCAGUGAACUUGACAUGCAAGCCACAGAACACAGAAAAACAAUAGAGAAGCUGAGACUUGAGAUGACCCAUCGACAGUCAGCUGAGUUAGAUCAACUGACCAGAGCUCAUCGUACUCAGAUGUCUGCCGCUAAGAUGGAGCUUGAUAGAGCUAUUGAACUCAAACAGAGACAGGAACGUGACUUUGAGAUGCGCAACCAGGACUUGAAGGAAGACAUCCAGCAGCGAGACCGUCAUCUUGACAGCAAGGAAGGUCAGAUCCGUGAUCUAAAGACGCAGCUAGAGAAAGUCAGAAAGGAGAUUGAUUUCAAGAUUCAGGAAGUCCAGAAGAUCAAAUCAGAAGCUGUUGCUCAUUUGAGGAAACGGGAGCAGGCUCUUCUGAAGACUCACCAGGACAAUCUGGACAAAGCAGCUGCUGAACACCUGAGAGAGACGCAGUCGAUGCUUUCAGAGUUCAACAAAGCACAGGAUCUGCUCAAAGACAAGAUCUCUGCUCUCCAGAUCAUGCUUGAGGAAGCAGAAGAGAGAUAUCAAUCCCGGAGCUCUAGACCUGAAGAUAUCCAACAGAUAGCCAGGCUCAAGGACAUGAUAGCAGAGAAGGAACAAGCUGUCAAGAAACUCAUUGAUGACAAACGGUUCUUCCAAAUGGAACUCAUCAACAGAGAGACCAAUUUCAACAAAGUUUUCAACGCUAACCCAAACAUUGGAGUUCUGAAUCCACUUUCCACCAAGAAAAAGAGAGGCAGUGUUCCUGACGACUCUGCCUCCCAGCGCUACGUCAGCGCCCCUAACCUGAACCUGACGGGUGGCAGUACCAAGAACUUUGGUGUUAGUGGAACAUCUUCCGGUGGUAGCAGUCCAGGGUCCAACGCCCGUCUUGACCCCCUUCCUGAUUCACCUAUCCAUGACUUCCAGCUCAAUCCAAAGAGACCGCUUCAGGACGGUGGCUUGUAUCCACCCAGACCACCGCGCACAAAGAAGUUUAUCAACACGUGAUAAAACAUGGCUAGGGGUGUGUUCAGACAGUCAGAAUCACAAGCCUGUUUCAUGAAGGAUCAUACCAGAGAUGUGCAUGGACUAAUUUCCUCUGAGCCAAUCAGAUACUAGGAUUUGCCUGUGUCUAGGGAUGCAUUCAAACAAUUGGAAUCCCAACCCUUUGGAGUGUUUCAUCAAGCACCUUGUCAGUGAUUUUGACUGACAAAUUUCCUCUAAGCCAAUCAGAUACCAGGAUUUGCCUGUGUCUAGGGAUGCAUUCAAACAAUUGGAAUCCCAACCCUUUGGAGUGUUUCAUCUAGCAUCAUGUCAGUGAUUUUGACUGACAAAUUUGCUCUGAGCCAAUCAGAUGCUAGGAUUUGCCUGUGUCUAGGGAUGCAUUCAAACAAUUGGAAUCCCAACCCUUUGGAGUGUUUCAUCAAGCAUCUUGUCAGUGAUUUUGACUGACAAAUUUGCUCUGAGCCAAUCAGAUGCUAGGAUUUCAGUAGCUGAUAACAAAUAGUCGGUUAAGGUCACUUGAUUUGUUUCAUGAAAUACCCUCCUAAUUCACAAUUGAAAAAAAAAUGCAAACACAAAACUUGGUUACUGCAGGAUAGUGUUCAAGUGAUUUUUAUCAUCUGUGAUUCUCCAUCAUUUUAAGUCGAGCAUCCAUGUCUAAUCCAAUCUGGGAGCCAGCCUAUUUUGUACAAUCAUGAUUGGCAUUGCUGUUGCAUUUAAGUGAUCUUGACAUGCUGAGGUCCUGCAGAAUCACAUUUCAAAAUGCUCUGUUUUCAGCAUUUGUAGUUGUGUUUUGAAAGAUGUUAUUUUCAUGACUUGAAUGCAACCAUGGUCUGAACUCGGCAUCCUAAAACAUGUUCCUUUGGUAAAAAUGUUUGUUGACCGCAGCCUACGAAUAGUAUCAGUUACUGUGUCUGUCCACCAAUGAUGCUUGAAAGGAAUUUGUUGACAUAUAGUACCAAUACAGUCCAAAAUGUGUCGAACUUGAAUAAACAUGUACUAAAGAAAGGUUUGAAAGUUACUAUACAGGUUUGACUUUUUUGUACAGGUAUAGAAUCGUGCUGGGUAUGGAGUUUGGAUUUAAAAAAAAAUUUUUUAGCAGCAUAUUCAUUAUCUCCCUACUCACCUUAAGAGUUCAGAGCCAUUUAGUUCAUUGCAUAUCGGUCCAAUUUCCAGACACUUCCACAUCGAUAUGCCAAAGCCAAUUUCGGCUUUUGUUAAUUUUGUAUGUGUUGCUAUUCCGUCCAUUCAUCGUUUGGUUUAAUACCAAAUUGGACUAAGACUACCAAAGCUUUUACUUUUUUCGGGAGGGAGGGGGGCAUUUCAGUGUUUUUGAUAACAUGAAAAUGUGAUGUUAAAUUGUUAAAAAUUGCAGCCCAAAUUUUGAAAAUUUUGUGGAAAUCGGUUCAUGGGGGAUCCAAUAUUUGGCUACAUUAAUACAUACUUUACCGUAGUUCCAUUAAAAUUGAUGUAUACUGGACUGAUUCCAAACAGCUAUUAAACUGGGGCCCCAUUUCACAAAACUUUUUAUGUAGACAGUUUCUAUAACAAGUUUACUAUCGGCCAAUCACAUUUAAUCAUUUCAGUAGCUUUAAACUGUUAUUGCAAAUUUGUCAUUAUGACAUGUUUUCAGAAAAGGGCCCCGGGCCAGGUCACAUUGAUCUUGAUGGGGUCAAUUAGGUAUCCAUAUGGCAAUUAACUACACAAUAUGUACACACUGCUCGAUAUACUUGCUUGCAUAAAUGGACAUCUACAUAAGUGGCUUUGUGAACAAGCUCAUAUUAUCAUCUGUUUAAGCAAUUUUUGAGCAAAUUUCGCUCAAACAAAUGUCACAUGUGUUUGAAAUUCAGGACUUAACAGCCAUUCCAGCAUAUAAAAUAGAGUUGUUUAUAUAUUUUUUUUUGUCAAAAGUGCUAGCCCUUGCUUCCUAGAAAUGUUUAGGUAUACCAAAGAGCGUAGAGGUGGCUUUUAAUUACUAAUAAUCAUUUGAUGAAAUUAAUUAUCGGGUCUUUUUUGUACCAACAAAAUAAGGUAGUAUAGCAUGAGAAAAUUAAGCAUGAAGAAUGUGGUAUUCUAUAGGUCAUUUAUUUAUGAACUCAAGGGAAGGGAGAGAUGGUAUUUUAUACUUGUAAAGAACUAAAAAUUCUAAGAUUGGUUUGAUUGAGGUUAUUAUAUUAGUGGGCGUGAAUAAGUGUUUCAAGUAUUCUUUAAAGACAUCAUCUACUAUGGGAUAAUGAAAAAGAAGCCCAAAACCCAAGAAGAUGCGUACUGUUUGGUUUAAUAAUUGGUAUAAUUGAAAUCCAAUAUUUGGGUAUUGAUGUUAUGUGAAAAAAAAUUCAAUGUACUGUCAGCUUAUCCCACCAAUGCCUCUAGUACUAUGAUUUAAUUUUUAUUAAUGAUUUGUGUAUUUUCCUGAAUGUGUAUUCAAUCUCAUUGAAUUCUAAGUACUUCCAAUGUUUCCAUUAAAUUUCCAUUUGCAUGGCAAGAAUUGCAAAAAUUCAAUGACCAAAGACAUUAUUAGACAUUUAUUAAUUGACUGAGGCUUUGAACUGGAUUUACAUAUUUAUUUUAUGAGAAAAAAAUAUAUUUCAUAAGGUGUGUAUUCUACAAAUAUAUUAGCUCCAGAUAUAAUUCAUUAAUAUCCGUCCGUUUAUGAAUGUCACUGUUAAAUCUCACAUUGCUUAUGUUUUGGUAUAUUGAACAUUUAUCUUGUUUUAUUACAUGUUUUUAUUAAUUUCUGAAGCCAUGUGACACAGUGCUCUAAUGAUAAAGCACACAUAAUAUACAACAAAACAUUAAUUUUUGCAAGAAUCAUUUAGCCACGUGCCUGAACACUGGUGCCUGUUGCAUUUUCAGAUUUCUGUAA